AUGGCUGCUGAACUCCGCAAAAAGCUCGUCAUCGUCGGUGACGGUGCUUGUGGUAAAACCUGCUUGUUGAUCGUUUUCUCCAAGGGUACUUUCCCCGAGGUCUACGUUCCUACUGUCUUCGAGAACUACGUCGCCGAUGUCGAAGUCGAUGGCAUUCGAGUCGAGCUGGCCUUGUGGGAUACGGCUGGACAAGAAGACUAUGACCGCCUCCGCCCCCUGUCUUACCCCGACACCCACGUUGUCCUGAUCUGCUUCGCUAUCGACUCGCCCGAUUCCCUCGAAAACGUUGAAGAGAAGUGGAUGCCCGAGGUCGCCCACUUUUGCCAGGGACUCCCCAUCAUCUUGGUUGGCUGCAAGAAGGAUCUGCGAUACGACCAGAAGACCAUUGCUGAGUUACACGCGAUUGACCAGAAGCCCGUCACCCCAGAGGAGGGUAAGCAAAAGUGCGACAUUAUCAAGGCCAAGAGCUAUCUCGAAUGCUCAGCCAAGACCAACGAGGGUGUCCGCGAGGUAUUCGAGCAUGCCACCCGCGCUGCUCUGGCGGCUCACGGCAAGAAGCAGAAGAAGAAGUCCAAAUGCUUUGGUCUGUAA